AUGGAUAAUCCACGCAACAUCACAGAAUUUUUCAUGCUGGGACUCUCCCAGAACCCCCAGGUGCAGAGGAUGUUGUUUGUGAUUUCUGUCUAUUUGGUCUCUAUUGGAGGCAACCUACUUAUAAUUAUCACAAUCAUUUUCAGUCCCACCCUGGGCUCCCCUAUGUAUUUUUUUUCAUAUUUGUCCUUUAUUGAUACUUGUUAUUCCUCUUGUAUGACACCCAAACUCAUUGCUGACUCCCUGAAUGAGGGAAGAGCCAUCUCUUUUGAGGGCUGCUUGGCCCAGUUCUUUGUGGCUCAUUUAUUGGGAGGAACUGAGAUCAUUCUUCUCACAGUGAUGGCUUUGGACCGCUAUGUAGCCAUCUGUAAGCCCCUGCACUAUACCACCACCAUGACCAAGCACCUCUGUGGUGUGCUGGUGGCAGUGGCUUGGCUGGGUGGUUUCCUGCAUUCAUUGGUUCAGCUCUUUCUGGUUCUUCAAUUGCCCUUCUGUGGACCCAAUGUAAUCAAUCACUUUGUGUGUGACUUGUACCCUUUACUGGAGCUGGCCUGCACCAAUACAUAUGUCAUUGGCCUGCUGGUGGUGGCCAACAGUGGUGUGAUCUGCCUGCUGAACUUCCUCAUGCUGGCAGCCUCAUACAUUGUCAUCCUGCGCUCCUUGAGGUCCCACAGUGCAGAGGGUAGACGGAAAGCUCUGUCUACCUGUGGGGCCCACUUCACUGUUGUUGCUUUGUUCUUUGUGCCCUGUAUAUUUAUUUACAUGAGGCCAUCAUCUACUCUGUCCAUAGACAAAAUUGUAGCUGUUUUUUAUUGUAUUUUGACACCCAUGUUCAACCCCCUGAUUUACACUCUGAGAAAUGCAGAAGUGAAAAAUGCCAUGAAGAAUCUCUGGAGAAAAUGA